UACUUCUCACCACAGCCUCAGGAGACCGAACGAGUAACUUCGGGCAAUUAGUUUAACUUUGACUAUAAAUAUUCCUCCUCGUUCCUUGUGACACUGUUAACAGCUCCGCUGGCAAAUCCCCAUUCUCUGGCAAUAUUUAAGCUGCCCGUCAGUUGGCAGAGGCUCGGUGGUGCCUAGCGCGAGGGAGCAGAAUGAGACCCAGCUGAGCGCAAUCUAUGCCCAGAGGAAGCGCCCAUCCUGCACAGAGAGCCAUGGAGAGCACCAGCAGUACCCCAUCAUUGGCGACACCCCAGUGGGAUGUGUUUCCCCAGAAGACACUGGGCGCCGUAGACAUCACUAUCCUCGUGCUGUACUUUGUGUUUGUCCUGGCUGUUGGGCUCUGGUCCAUGUGGAAGACGCAGCGCAGCACGGUGAAAGGCUACUUUUUGGCUGGGGGACAGAUGGCGUGGUGGCCUGUGGGUGCAUCCCUGUUUGCCAGCAAUGUUGGAAGCGGGCACUUCAUUGGCCUGGCAGGGUCAGGAGCUGCAUCAGGAAUCGCUGCAACAGCCUACGAGUGGAAUGGCAUGUUUUCUGUUUUGGUGCUGGCAUGGUUAUUCCUUCCCAUUUACAUAGCAGCAGGAGUGACCACCAUGCCAGAGUACCUACGGAAACGCUUUGGUGGAAAAAGAAUCCAGAUUUUCCUGGCGAUUCUCUACUUGUUCAUCUAUAUCUUCACCAAAAUAUCAGUUGAUAUGUACGCUGGGGCCCUCUUCAUUCAGCAAGCUUUGCACUGGGACCUCUACAUUGCUGUGGCAGGCCUGCUAGCAAUCACUGCUGUCUACACCGUAGCAGGUGGUCUGGCUGCCGUCAUCUACACGGAUGCAUUGCAGACCCUCAUCAUGCUGGUCGGUGCCAUCAGCCUCAUGGUCUUCAGCUUUGUUGAAGUCGGCGGUCUGGAAGGUCUGCAGGCAAAAUACUUUGAUGCCAUUCCCAGCACCCGCAAGGAGAACAGCAGCUGCGGCUUGCCAAGGGAAGACGCUUUCCACAUUUUCCGGGACCCUGUUAACUCCGACCUUCCCUGGCCAGGGGUGCUGGUGGGGAUGACCAUCCCGUCCCUGUGGUACUGGUGCACUGACCAGGUCAUCGUUCAGAGGUCCCUUGCUGCUAAAAACCUCUCACACGCCAAGGGAGGCUCCCUGAUGACCUCCUACCUGAAGAUUUUGCCCCUCUUCAUGAUGGUGAUGCCGGGCAUGAUCAGCCGGAUCCUCUUCCCAGACCUGGUGGCUUGCGCAGAGCCAGAGAUUUGUCAGAAAAUCUGUGGCAACCCAUCCGGCUGUUCUGAUAUCGCUUACCCGAAGUUGGUGAUAGAGCUCCUGCCUGCAGGACUCAGGGGCCUGAUGAUGGCCGUGAUGAUAGCAGCCCUCAUGUCCUCCCUCACAUCCAUCUUCAACAGUGCCAGCACCAUUUUUACCAUGGACCUCUGGAAACAUUUCCGGCCUCGAUGCUCCGAGUGGGAGCUCAUGGUCAUUGGCAGGGUCUUUGUGCUGCUACUUACGGUGGUCUCUAUCCUGUGGAUCCCACUGGUCCAGGCUGGCCAGGGCGGGCAGCUCUUCAUUUACAUCCAAUCCAUCAGCUCCUACCUGCAGCCCCCUGUGGCAAUGGUGUUCAUAUUGGGCUGCUUCUGGAAGCGAGCAAAUGAGAAGGGCGCGUUCUGGGGCCUGGUGCUCGGGCUGCUGAUGGGCGUCAUCCGGUUGGUGCUGGACUUCAUCUUCCCUGAGCCCCAGUGCGGGGAGCGGGACACGCGGCCGGGCGUGCUGCGCUACAUGCACUACCUCUACUUCUCCAUGGUCCUGGCGGCCGUCUCCACGCUCACCGUGCUGCUUGUCAGCCUCCUGACGGAGCCCCCCUCGGAGGAAAUGAAAUUCCAGAUUCUGGGUCAUCUUUAUGAACUCUUACUAAUUUAGUGAGGAACCAUUUUUACUCGCAGAAAAGAGAAAUCAAGGGCAGAGAGCACACUUCCUCUGGAACAGGUUUGUGCCAGUUUGACUACUUUUAAUAGACAUACUGAGGCUACAAAAAAACGUAAAUAGCAGAAAGGAGGGCCAGAAGGGACCUUCAGAAAUCGUACAGCCAAUGCAUCUCUUGCUUCGAGACAGGACUAACCUGGCAUUUCUGAAAGACCCGUGGCGAACUCGCUCCCAUAAGCCCCCAGAGGGAGGUGCCCAGGGAAGCGCACCACCAGCUCAACAUCCUGCCCCUCUUUGCAGAAGUUUUUCCUCUUCUCCAACUUGAAUCCUUCCAGCUUCAUGUUGUGCUCAUCCCUUCAUGUCUGCCCUGUCACUGGUAUUGAGAACACUCCUCUUUAAUGAGCCUUUGACAUAUUUCAAGAAAAUUAUCCUAUCUCCCAUCUGUCUUUUCUUCUCUAAACAACCCCCGUCCUGUGAAUCAUUCCUCACUGGCCAUGGUUUCCAUUCUUUUGCUCCCUUCCCCGGCCCGCUCAGGCUGCAUCCAGCGAUACCCACGCAGUAACCAAAAGUGAAGACCUCCUUCCUUCCAAGAGCUCUCAGGCUGCAGAUAAAACUAACCCAGCGCCGCUCUGCUGCCAGCAGCAGGGCACUGAGCCGUUCACCUGCUCCAGCAGAGCGGGAGGACAGACUUCAACCCCUCACAGUGUUCUCUCUGCAGGCUGCUGUACUGCUCAGGCAGUCCUUUAAGCGACCGCAAAGCAGUUUAACACCACUCUUCAUGCCAUCAGAUAAGUCGGCUUACCUGGUUCACACGUGGGGAUCCUCCAGCCAAGAAAGACCUAGCGGUCAGCACUUCUCCUGACACUGCCAAAGGAGCACGC